CUUGUAAAUUUUCCCUAGGGGCGAAGAGAGGUGGUCAGGUGUCAUGUCACCUUCACUGUGUCUGAACUCUGAACGGAAAAAUCUGAUUUUCCAAAAUGGAGUAUCCUUUUUCAAUCUGGACAGUGAUAGAGUUUGACUCCACGAGUCACCUGGUUUUGUGGAGGAAUAUUCGAAACCAAUGAUUCGGGAACAAAAAAAGGUAAAUUAAGAACAUCGACCGUCAUAACAACGCAACUUUAGAUUUGGCACACCAUUAUCGGAAGUUGAAGCACGAGAAGACGACUUGGUUUCCGGUCACCACGACCUAACCCAGGCCUAGGGUUGACGAUACAUGAAUUUCCUCUCUUGAUUGGGAGAACUUUUCUAAAAAAAUCUUCCAAUUAGGAUUGGAAACGCUGUUGAUCAUUCUGCUUUCUCUAUUCCUUUUGAGAGAUUUCUCCUCGAUCUCUGGUUAGGGUUCCGACGCCUCGAACUGCUGACUUUAUGUCAUCAUCGAUUCGAAUCCUUCUGCAAUUUGUAGAUUUGCGUCUUCGAUUUGUUAAUUGGAGAGGAAACCUUGCCACUCAGAAGAUCUGUUUUGAUUCUUUUUGUUAAAUUGAAUUGGCGAUGUUUGGCCGUCGCUGCAUCUUAAUUUGAUGUGAUCAGGAUUAUCUGAUUCCGGUGAAAAUCUCUGCAGUUUAUUGAAAAAUAAUGAAGCCAAUCAAGAAGAAAAGGAAGCCGCGAGCUUCUCAGCGGAACGGUAGAGACGUUACAGGGGAUGAAGAGAAGGAGAAAAAUAGAGGGUUGGAAUGUUUGACCCAGGAGUUCUCUUCGGUUUCUCUCGAUGGAGUUGCUUCUUCUUAUCGAGAGGCGAAAGAGGAUCUGAAUAAGGCAGCGGAGAUUCUUAAUGGAUUGUCUGAGAGUGCUGAUUCUGCUGCAACAAGUUCUACUUCUUCGGAGAGCUGUUUCGAGGCCAAUGUUUUUCGGACGCCGGUUCGUUCGAAAGGCUUUAGAGGAGGUAAGCAGAAGAGGGUUGUUGCAUCUACGGGCACAGUUUCAAAUUUUUUGGGGAAGGACUAUGUGAUGUCUAGCCCAAGGAAUUCCAAUGGGGUCAGUAAAGAGCCCCUGAGUAAUGAAGGGGCCGAGCAGUUCUUGUGUUCCAUGCUUGGUGAUGAGUGUGAACUGAGCAUGGCGAUAGUCAGAGAUGUCCUGAGUCAAUGCGGAUAUGAUGUUGAAAAGGCCUUGGAUAUAUUGCUUGAAUUAUCUGCUUCCUCCUGCUACCAGUCCAAGAGCUGUGGCUAUGUUGAUUAUUCUGAAAGCGAUGAACAAGAUAGGGGAACUGUUACCAAGUGCAAUGACAGUUUAGUUGGUACGAUAGGGGAAUGCAAGAUAGCAGAUAUGGCAUCGGAUUCAACUUUCUAUUUAUCUGAACAAGAACUCGAGGAAAUCCUACAAUCUGCCAAGUAUGACAGUAGAUAUGAUUCUGGAAUUGAGAAUUCCGGACUUCCUCAAAAGGUGUUGGAAUCCUUGUUUAACAUUCCCAAGAGUUCUGAACAUGAUCCUAGUGGUAUGAACUGGAAGAAUGUAGUAAAGAAAAUGGAUUCACUGGGGAAAGGAUUGGAUUUUCAUUCUGCUGGCACUGUAGAACUUCAACCAAAGGGUUAUGCUGGAGGAGGUGAAUAUCAGGAGUUCCGGAAAGAGGCAAGUCAGCACUGGGAUUCAAUGAAAUCCUGCUAUCAGAAAGCUGCAACAGCAUACUCAAGGGGAGAAAGGAGUUAUGCAUCUUUACUUUCAGAACAGGGGAGAGUUCACAAUAGAAUGGCUCGGGAGGCAGAUGAAAAGGCAAGCCAGGAAAUAUUUGAAGCCAGGAACAAGAAAAUAGAAAAUGUGGUGACAAUUGAUUUGCAUGGGCAGCAUGUCAAAGAAGCAAUUAAGCUUUUAAAGGUCCACCUCCUCCUGUUUACGACGUACAUACCCUCCAUUCUUUUUCUCAGGGUUAUCACUGGAUGUGGGACCCAUGGUGUUGAGAAGGGGAAACUAAAACAAUCGGUCAUUAGCCUUGUAGAGAAGGAAGGCAUUAAAUGGAGUGAAGAGAACCGAGGAAUGUUGUUGCUCAGACUAAAUAGGCAGAAAGAGUUGAGUUUUGUCAUGGAGUCUGAUAGUGACUGAAGACUAAACAAGCAGGUCUGCGGCUUCCCUGGCUUGAGUAAGUCUUAUUGUAAUCACUGGAUUUAUGUCAACCUGUUGUUGAAAUUUUCAACUCCAACCUACACCAAGCUUGGGUUCCAUUUAACUGUAACUCCAGAAACUAAGUUAGAUUGUGGUGUAACGGUAGCUAGGAUUAAGUUGUCUUUGGUGUCCAACACCAUUAUAGAAGGAUGUUUAUGUGAAAUCUUUGUAACAGUAUACACUCAUGGUAGGUAAAGUGGGGCUUAACCAGUGACCAAAAGGUCGUGGUACCACCAGUAUUGUUAGUCAUUUUUAUGAUGUUAGGAUGUACAAUUUCAGGAUCAUGUGUAAUUAUUCAUUAAUGUAGUUCAUGAUGGAUCUUUUGAUUC